GCGGCGGCGGCGAUCCCCGUGGUGCGACUGGCGGAAGUCUCUUCCGCCCGUUGUCGGGCGUCUUCGGUCCUCCGGCAGGUGGCGGCUGUCCGCGGAGAUGGGCUUUUCGUUCCUGAGCGGAAAGUUGGGCGGGAUGGGAUGGCUCUUGUGGUUCAGUUUGGUUUUGGUCUCCUCUCCUCUGCCAGGAUGCUGGGAGCGUGCGGCAUGCAGAGGUGUCACCAGGAAGCAUUAAAGAAGAACCGGGUGAUGCUGGCGAAGCAGCUGGUUUUAAAAGAAUUGAUGGAGCAUAUGAUAGAGAAAGAUAUCAUCACCACCGAGAUGAUGGAAAUGAUACAGGACAAGUCUGGGAGCUUCAGCCAAAAUGUGGAAUUCCUCAAUUUGCUGCCCAAGAGAGGCCCUAAUGCCUUCUCAGCCUUCUGCGAAGCUCUACGGGAAACCAAACAGCAGCAUCUGGAGGAAAUGAUCUUGAAGACAGAAUCCAACCUGAGCAAUGGAGUUUCAAGGCUGGAACACUGUUAUGGAUCAUAUCUUCCAUUCCCUGUCCAUGAAUCAUGUAAUUCAAAGAGACCACGCUGGAUUGAACCAGUGGAGCAUUCCUGGGAUAAUGGAGAUGGUCCCCCAAUUCCUCCAGUGAAGCACUGCACUCCAGAAUUCUAUCGUGAUCACCAGCACUCGGCAUAUAAACUGAUAUCUGAGCCACGAGGCUUAGCACUUAUUCUCAGCAAUAUGCAUUUCAGUAGUGAGAAGGACUUGGAGUACCGCUCAGGGGGAGAUGUGGACUGUACUGCACUGGAGAUGCUUUUUAAGCAUCUUGGGUACCAAGUGACUGUCUUUCAUGAUCAAACUGCACUGGAGAUGCAGAAUGCAUUGCAGAGAUUCUCUAAGCUGCCAGAUCAUCGGGAUGUGGAUUCCUGCAUUAUAGCCUUACUUUCCCAUGGUGUGGAAGGUGGGGUUUAUGGCAUUGAUGGCAAACUACUACAGUUGCAGGAGGCUUUCCGGCUCUUUGAUAAUGCAAACUGUCCAAACCUCCAGAAUAAGCCCAAAAUGUUCUUUAUUCAGGCCUGCCGGGGAGAUGAGACAGACCGGGGAGUGGAUCAAAGAGAUGGGAAAGAACGGUCAGAUUCCCCAGGCUGUGAGGAAAGUGAUGCAAACAAGGAAGAAAAUCUCAAGCUGCGUCUGCCUACACGCUCUGAUAUGAUCUGUGGAUAUGCUUGUCUGAAAGGCACUGCUGCCAUGCGAAACACCAAGCGUGGAUCCUGGUAUAUCGAGGCUCUCACCUCUGUGUUCGCAGAGGACUCCCGAGACACUCAUGUAGCUGACAUGUUGGUGAAGAUGAGUUUAUUCCCUGAACUGGCUCACCAUAUAGCUGCACAAGCACUUGGACUAAUGCAAAGGAAAGGUUAAGAAUAUGGGGGGAAGUCAGCAAUGUGACCACGAUAACCUGAUCUGCUAUGGAACUGCACCCCAGUUCUGCAUCCUUCCUGUAGCUUAGAAAGGCAGUAUACAGGAGACUACUUGAUAAGUCAAAUAAAAUAAUUUUUGAGUAAGGCAAGUGAUGACACUUUCCUCACUUCUGUCUUAUUAAUUCUUCCAGUAAUUUUUUUUCUCUCAUGUUUAGGUGAAUAGGCAAAUCAAACAAAGAGAAGGUUAUGCCCCAGGCACAGAAUUCCAUCGCUGUAAGGAAAUGUCAGAAUACUGUAGCACACUCUGUCGGGACCUUUACCUGUUUCCUGGCUAUCUGGCACAAAGUUAACCCUGCCAGUUCUGUUGGAAGAGUCAUACUGCCAAAGCUGAACUCUGAGUAUGGAUAUCUACAUUUCUCUUCUUAGGCGCUUUGACGUCAGGCGCCCAAGCAAGGAAUGCUGGUUUAUGUCUUGCCAGACCAGUUCUUGAAGUCUUUUUCUAAAAUUAUGUGGCGACUAUUGGUAAUCUGAUUCAAUUCAGGGUUUAAAGUUCUAAUGUCCUGGCUUAUUCCAUAUGUAUAGAUGUUGAUGCAGAGAUCAGAACUGGAACUGGGAAGAAAUGACAACAUUCUUUGGGAGGAGGCAUAAGGGCAUUUGUAAGCAACAUGAAUGCAAAAAAAGAAACUGACUAUCCAUAUAGAUUUUUUGAAAAGUCUUUCUGAAAUGAAAAUUAUUCAUAAAUUGCUAUUUAUGCUUUCAUGUCAACAUUUUUAAGUAAUUUUUGCCAGGUUCUUCAUGCAGCACAGUCAGUUCCUGUGCACAUUAGAAAAGGACUCCCUUGUGAAAGAGAAUCCUUCUCCUUUCUAAAAUGUUACUGUUUCAGUACUUGACACUUCGCAGUUCAUCACUUAAAGUCUAGCUUUGCACGUAUUCCUUCUGUAGCCAAGUUACCAGAAGAACCACAAGACAUCCCAGGUUAGGAAAAUAAAUGAAGAAACAGGACUUCCAGUAUGCAGGAGUGGAUCUCCAUAAACUGCCCUGGAAAUAGUUUUGAAUCAAGAAAUUCUAGAUUAGCUCUCCUUAGUCCCAAAUAUGAGCAACUGUGUAGAGUAUCACUUUGAAUUAGUUUGCCGUUGUAGCUACAUAUUACAAUAAAUACAGCAUUCAGACACUCCACCAACUUCUCAGCAGUCUAUAAAUUGCACUAUAUGACUGAUACCCCACAACUGUGUACAGAAGGAUCUCGUCUUUUAUUUGUUUAAUUAACAAAAUUAUUCAAGGCAGCUCUUUACGAUCUAAGCAUACUGCUUGGAUUAUUCAUCAAUGCAGUUUGUUUCCCUUUAAUUCAAAAGGGAAGAGUUUCACAUUAUAAUUACCCUUAUUCUGUGAAUUUUCUUCCUUCAACCAUGAUCAUUUAAAGCUGUUUGUUUAGCUAAUGUUGUUUGCAAAGUGUCACUAUAACUGGUCAAUCAGAAAUGCAGUGGCAUAAUCCAUCACUUCUUUUGGAAGUUUCCUAUGCAUUCUCUUUAUACUGUAAUUUGCCUUGUGUCCUGUUUCAGUUGCUACCAUGUAAUGUGAUGGGGGACAUGGACAUUGUUCUGUUUUGUGGUAGCCUAAAUCCCAAUAUACUGGAUUACGUACUGACUACAGUCUGUAUAUUUGAGUCUCUGUCUUCUCUAUUCUGUCACAGUAGGUUGACAGUUCCUGCCUUGUUCUUUUUAUGUAAGUGUGGCUUUUUUAAAUCUGUUUCAAGAUAAAAUUAUGAAUAGGAAGCACAAAGGAAUGCAGGUUAUCUUGCACACAACAUGUGAUAAGCAGAUCUAGGAUCAUACUUGCCAAUGGAUGCCUUACUCUAACAUUAAGAUACCAAUUUAGGGGUGUUGUUUCUCUCUGGAAUAUAAACAUUUUCUUCCUGAGUGCUCCCUCUUUGAAAUGUUGCAAUACUGUACAGAUAUGUGUAUUGAUGAAGUACUCCACUCUGAUGGAUUACCUUUCUGUAGGAUUGCAUCAAUUUGCAUUAUCACUGCCACUUUCGUAUAUGCUUUUUGUAUACCUAUAUUUUACUGCCUUGAGAUGUCAAAAUAAAGAACUCUUCUUUGAUUAA